AUGGCAAGUUUAAGUCGGGAGGAUAAGAAAAUUUAUGACCGGGAAUUAAGAAUUGAGAGAAGAAGAAAGGAGAUCAUCAAGAGGAGAGGAAAAAAUCAGCAUCCUGCUCUGAAAAAAUUACAACGUAAAAUUAUUCAAACGAGAGUUUCCUCAAGUUCGGGCAAGAAAUCUUCUUCGGGUUCCUUGAAAUUAAGGAAAAUCAAAAAGUCGGUGCGCUUGAAAAGUUCCUCAGAUCCCAGUCCCGGAGAAAAUCUACCAAGUCUGGAUCGGAAAAUCAUGAAAAUUGCCAAAAUUAGUAGAAAAGAUAAAUUUGUACCCUUCGAUCUGUUGAUAGGCAAGAAAUCCCCUGUCACCCUCAGCUCACGUAACAGAGGCCGAAAAGAGCCCAUGCCAAUUGGAGAUUCCAAAAGAUCCUCUAAAAUCUCGAGAAAACUAAGAGGUAACAAAAGAAGUUCCAGUUCCACAAUAACCCAUUCCACACGUUCCUCCUCGGAGGGUAAGAGGAGGCUAACAAAAUCGAAGAGGAAAUCGAAAGAAAAAGCUGGAGGAAAAAGACAAUCCAAAACAUCAUCCACAUCCUCAUCACAAGGCCUGCUAAAGUCCAGUAAGAAAUUUUCCAAAAAGCCACAGCUCCUGGGCAAACAAAGUCCGCCAAGGAAAACCACCGUCAAUGUUGAAGAAAUGCGCCGCCAAUUCAAAAAAUCCAAAGGCAAACACCGACAAAUCAGCUUCCAACGACCUUUGGAUAAAGACACUUUCAAAUCCAUACACUUGCUGGGUAAAAAUUCCGAUUACUUUCAAAUGCCACGUCACAGUACCAGUAAACCCUCCUAUCUCGGCGAUGAGGGGGAAAUUCCCACAGAAAACGGAUCCUCCAAAAAGCAACACUCCAUAUAUGAUGACAAAUAUUUCAGGAAUUUGGUUAAGACACAAUCCCGCAUGAUACGUGAUCGCAUACAAAAGGAGAGGAAACAAAAACAACAUCAAAUGGAACAAGAAAAAGCCAUGGCAAUUGAGAGGGCCAGGCGGGAAAAGGAGGAGAGGGAUAGAAAUCAACAAAAACCACGUUCACCUUCUGUCAUUGAAAAGGAAUUAGAGCGUCUGGUGCAGGCUGGCAUGAAGAGUCAAUAUAAAAUGACUGAGGUAAUACCUGGUGAGACACCGGUCAUCAAUGAAGACAUACUCAAAAUGUCGGAGAAGGGUCAAAGGAUUGAUAUUCGUGAUUUGGUGCCGACCAGCAAAAUAUUUGAAUGGCCACAACCACCUCUGUCGCAACACUCACUUCCCUCCACUGUUUCAAAAUCAAAACGACGUGGGACUUCCAAAAAAUCGCUUUCCAAAAAUCGUCAAAAGAAACGCCUAACGAAAUUACGAACCUCCCAGGAUUCCAAUGAAUCUAAAGAGGAAUUAAAUUCGGAAGUAAAGGUUAGCAACUUUUGGCAAUAUCAGGAACCCGCCAGAGAGGAAUAUGAUCUGCAAGGAUAUUUGGAUGGAAUUAUUAAAGAAGAGGCAGGGGAGAUAUUGACUUCCAUUAAGAAGAAGCGGAAACCAAAAAGAAAGGUAUCCUUCAGUGGUCGUAAAAUUAUUGUGAAUCCCGAAGUGGAGAGAAGGAAAUCACAUGUGCUCUUGGUUUGUCAACCAUGCGGUAUGACUUAUCUGUCUACGGAAAUGCCAUGCUGUCAAUUGAAAUCAAAACAAUGUGGAAGUGAAUAA